AUCUGAUUCUGAACAGCAGAGAAUAGAGACCUGCCCGGAAAAUUUUCUACACUUCAUUCUAAAGAGUUCUUACAUUUUUCUUGUGCCACUGUCAUCUGACAAACAUUCGACAGAGCAACACAGCCAAGAUCGAUCAGCAUCUUCCUCAAAGCAAGAUUACUCAAACUUUCUCAGCACAUAAGAAUAACGAAAAGCAUGAAGAUGAUGGCUACAGCAUUGGCUCUUUUACUUCUAGUCCUUGGUCACACAAUGGCUCAGAGUGGCGUCAAGAAGAACUUGGCAACACCCAAACAGGCCAAACCAGCACAAUGCUGUGAUGAGGUGCGCUCCUUGAAGGUCCAGGUGGCGAAUUUGACCAGCAUGUUGGAAGAAAUUAACAAGAAGCAGGAGUCUGAUCUCAUGAAGACCAUGCGGCAAAUGAUCAAGCUGGAAAAGCUUAACCAGCAGCAAGAGGCCCGUGUCACAGAGGCAGAGAGCAAGUAUUCAGAAAUCUACAAUCAGAUUGAAAUCAUGCAGCUGCAGGCAGCCCAGUCUGCCCCACAGCAGAGCACUUCAGAUGCAAUCUAUGAUUGCGCAUCCCUAUACAACAAAAACUAUAAAAUUUCUGGAGAGUAUAAAUUACCAAAAGAUGAAUUCCUUGGAACACCUGAACUAAAUGUAUAUUGUGACAUGGAAAACAAUGGCGGUGGCUGGACUGUCAUUCAGAGACGCAAGAUUGGUCUGACAAGCUUCAACCGUGACUGGAAGCAGUACAAGAAUGGUUUUGGUACAAUCCGUGGUGACUUCUGGCUCGGCAACGAACACAUCUUCCGUCUGACCAGACAGCCCACAGUGCUGAGAAUAGAGAUGGAGGACUGGGAGGGUGAGAUACGCUACGCUGAAUAUGGCUUCUUCACACUGAGCAAUGAGAUGAACAGCUACAAGCUUUUAAUCGGCAGCUACAGCGGGAACGCUGGCGACUCUCUGCGUUACCACAAUAACACCAACUUCAGCACUAAGAACAAAGACAAUGACAAGUGUGUGGACAACUGCGCAGAACUUCGCCAAGGUGGAUACUGGUACAACUGCUGCACUGACUCCAAUCUUAAUGGUGUGUUUCACCGCUAUGGGUCACAUACCAAGAAUCCAGAUGGCAUCUCUUGGUAUGGAUGGCAUGGACCAAACUACUCACUGAAACGGGUAGAAAUGAAGAUUCGACCCCAGAGCUUUGUACCUUAAAGACUUGCCAAAACCAAAUUUAUGUUCCUGCUCACCACUAAACCUUGGAUCAACAUAUUCUACAGCUUAAACUGGGCAAACAUUUCAGGGGGAAUGCAUUUGUAAAAGUGUUUUAAGAUAUAUGUGAUAAACGAUGUUUGAUUGUAAAUUGCAUUUUAUACAAGGUAUUUAUCUCUUAAAUAUUUUAUUUUCUUUAGCCUUUUCUAGAUGAUUUUAUGCACAUGAUUAUUGAGUACAGCAAGACUAAGCAACAAGCUGAUGUAAGCCAUUCACACAAUAUGUUCAAUUUUGUAAAAUUACAAACAAUUUGACAGUUCAGAGACAUUACGGUAAGUUCACUGGUACAGUAAAAUGAACUCUGUAAAAAGUAAAAUAUUGGAUGAUUAAUAAAUUGUAUUUUUAAAAAAAAUAA